CUAGGUGAAGAAGAAGAAUCGUUUUUAUAAAAAAAAAAAAAAAAAAAAUCUGAAAAAUCAGGAAAAGGAAAGGGCAAGAAAUCUGACAUAUCUGUGCUGGCGGCAGCACAAUUGGCAUUUCUUCCCCAAAGCAGAGCGGAGCAGUUAGCAUCUUGCCGUUUCCCUCUCUCUCUCUCUCUCUUCUGUAUUUUUCUUUACAAUUUUUUUUUUCAUUUGAUCUGCCACGUGUCAGCAACCCAUUUCCUGGAAAGACUCCUUCCUUCUUCUUCUUCUCCUCCUCCCCUCCCCUGCUUCUCUCAACGCAAAAUCAACAAUACAAAGACCCACUCACCGCCAAAAGAAAACCAACAAUCUCAAACAAAAAGAAACCUGCUCUGCCUUCCCUGCAACAGCAGAUUUUCCUUCCUUUUUGUUAUUAUUAAUACAGAAGAAAAAUGUUCAGAGUCCUGAACAGGAGGCUCCGCCUCCUCUGUUCCCGUCUCCGCUGCCGCCGCCGCCGCCACCCCUCCCCCACCACUCCCACCUCAAAGAUUCAGAUCAAGAAGUUGGGGAAAUCCAAUUCCAAGUCCAAGAACGAGCCCAGACCCGAAUCCGCCGCCGCGGUUCAUCCGAACAACCACCUGGGUAGUGGUAGUUGCAGCGCUACUGUACCAGAAACAGAGGUAAAACCGAAGAUCAAAGUCGCCACCUUUAAUGCCGCUCUCUUCUCCAUGGCUCCGGCGGUACCGGAACCGGAAAAUUCUCCCGGGUUCGAAUUCGGAUCCGGGUUCGGGCGGAGCAAGAGCUCAUUAGACGGGUUUGGGAAAACCGCGUCGGUGAACGACGACCGGCCGAUCAUGAUCAAGAGCAUACUAAAGCAAUCGCCUCUCCAUACAAACUCCACCUCCUCCUCCAGGCAGCAGAAAUAUGCGAGGUCGAAGUUGAGGGUCUCAAUCAAUCUCCCCGACAACGAGAUUAGUAAACAGCUGAGCUUCAGAGAAGGCGAGGAUCACGGCGGCGCCGCAGUAGCGAAAGCUGGGAAGGCUCCGGCGGCGAGCCGGUCGCAGAGUCUGGUAAUGUCGGAGUCGGAUAGGCGGCGGCGCCACGACGGGAGCGCGACGAGGUCGGUGGUGGAGGUGCUGAGGGAAUUGGAUGCGGACAUUUUGGCGCUGCAGGAGGUGAAAGCAGAGGAGGAGAAAGGGAUGAAGCCGCUCUCCGAUUUGGCGGCGGCGUUGGGGAUGAAUUACGUGUUUGCGGACAGCUGGGCGCCGGAGUACGGCAACGCUAUCCUCUCCAAGUGGCCGAUCAAGCGCUGGAAAGUCCACAAGAUUUUCGACGACUCUGAUUUCAGAAAUGUCCUCAAGGCAACCAUCAACGUGCCAAACGUAGGAGAGGUCAACUUCCAUUGCACCCACCUCGACCAUCUCGACGAGCAAUGGAGGAUGAAGCAAGUGAACGCCAUCAUCGACUCCAGCGAAGUCCCUCACCUCCUCGCCGGAGGGCUCAAUUCGCUCGACGAAACCGACUACAACGAGGAUCGAUGGAUCGACAUUGUCAAGUACUACGAGGAAAUGGGGAAGCCAACGCCGAAAGCUGAAGUGAUGAGGUUUCUGAAGAAGGAAAACUACACCGAUGCCAAGGAUUAUGCAGGGGAGUGCGAGUCUGUGGUCAUGAUAGCCAAAGGCCAGAAUGUUCAGGGGACUUGCAAGUAUGGAACUCGAGUGGACUACAUCGUGGCGUCCCCGAAUUCGCCGUAUAAGUUUGUCCCGGGAUCGUACUCGGUUCUGUCUUCUAAAGGGACGUCCGAUCACCACAUUGUGAAAGUCGAUGUUGUCAAAGAACACGAUGGCGGCGGCGGCGGCGACAACAAGAGCGGUGGUAGUCGUAGUUACAGUGGUCAGCAGAGUGUGGGUAGAAAGAACAAGGGAAACAGAGCACAACAAACAAGUUAGUAAAAUGAGAAUUGAGACGUAUAUGUAUUUGUUAACUUAGAUGAAAUUAUGGAGAAUGAAGGGUUCUUGGCUUCUUUUAUGCUUGAGGGGUGGUUCGUGUUGGUUGGGAUGCAAUAGAUUUUAGGGGGUUUGGGUGUUGCUGAUUUGAGGGCUAGAAGAGUGGGAAAGAGAAUUUUGGAGCUCUACUAGUUAGCUUACCAUCUCCUAUUUAUAUAUGCAUGGCAAUGGGCAGGUCCGGUAUGGUAUCUCGAUACUCAUAUCCACCUCAUAACAGGUCGGGUCCAGGUCGGCCUAAUGAGUAUGUAAUUUAUGUGAAAAAACUUUAAAAAUAUUCAUUAUUAAUAUUUUCAUUAAAAGACCAAAAAAUAAUCCAUAAUAUGAUAAAAUGCAGUUAAAGUG